AUGUCACCGCCUCUUUCCUAUAGAGAGAGGCCCCGGAAGGCAGGCCAGGUUUCUGACCCUCCAAAUGCGGGAGCGACCACUAGGCCCUCGAAGAAGCGGGAGACAGCGCAGGAUGAAUAUGGUAUCCCUCAAAGCUCCAGGGUCCCGAAGGAUCAUACACAGGGACCUGCACGUAAACAUGAUAGCAAGAUCGCUCACGGAGAUGGCGACGAGACCCAUGAAUCUGAUGAGGGCAAAAAGGGAAAGGGCAAAGCUCGUGACAACAAAAAAAAUGAUAAAGAAAACGAGGAGGAGGAGGGAGACAGAUAUUCACGAGCCCAUCGGGCUUCCGAGGUGGCGUCUACUACAAGUACAACAAUCUUCUUGACUGAGGAUGUUUUCCAAACUCUGUCCAGCUGGGCCUAUGAUGGGGAGCCCGCCAACAAUCUGGCCGCCAAUCGAGAAGUGUUCGCAGUCCCAGAAUACCUGUUCCUUCUGGAGGCCAUCAAAUGGCAGAGGGAAGGGCAUCCUUACCUGAGUCAGGCACUUAGCAGGAUCUACUUCCUUGUCAGAGAAUUUAACAUCCUGACAGGACAAGAUGCGCAAGCAGAUUUCCUCCGUAGUCUGGUGGCCAAAGACCGCCGAAACCAGGAGGAUACUACAUUUCAACAGUUGAUGGGCCACGUGCAACAGAUGGCGCAGAGUCAGCAUCAACGCACUCAAGCCAGCGACCAAAUGUCGACUGAACUUUACGCCGUGUCCGCCGUUACAUUAUCUGGAGGACCGAGCCGCCAAGGGCAGCGCAACAGCUUCCAUACUCCCUCUCUCCAUAAUGCAGAGCAAGGCAACGAGAGCCUAGCUGUCCAGCAUCUCUCUGGAUUGCGUCUAAGGGAUAGUAGGUGGUUUAGCUUGGGCAGGCUCUUUCUCAUGGUAUGGCACACGAAUGCCACUGCUGGAAAGGGACGCGUGAGACAGCAGCGCACCGCCGCUUCCCAUGGCCAGGGCGAGAAAGUCUUUAGUGAAAUCCGGCGCUUCGCGGUCGUCAGAGAGUGCCGUGGUUUCUGUUGGGCCGUUCCGGUCAGCACGUACCAAGGGAAGGGGGUGGGCCGGCACAAUUUCCACCAAGUCGACAUCGAGGCUCAUGCCAUUAUCCACAUGGCUGAUACCAAGCCGACACAGCUGCCGAGCGAGCCAAAGAUGAGCAAACGGCCUAUCGCUGUCGAAAAGACAGAUCCAGGCCAGAAACUGGACGCGGCCAGCCGUAUUCGGUUUGACAAAGUGUUCACCAUAGAACAUAAUGUCAAAGUGAAGAACUGUGGUAAGAUUGCACGGGAGUCGAUGCCCAUCUUUCGACAUUACUUUAAACAGGAAGUCGAAGCUGCCACUGGGAGACGAUCACGCUCCAACAGUCCCGCUCCGGAAGCCGGCAUGGUCUGA